CAUCUUGAUAUCCCUGCCAGUGUUAGAGAGACGGCAAUGGUUGACUAUUCAAAAAAAGAAGUUGUUGAUGAUAUUGAAGCUUCUAAAAAAGGAAACACUGUUUCAGCGAAAUUAUAUAUCGUUUAUAACGACAUCGAAAAUGAUGAUAACGAUGAAUAUUCUUAUGAUAUUCAAUCUAAUAAAUCAUCACCAACUAAUUAUCCCUCUACUCAUUCUGAAAUCGGUAGUGUUGGCGGUAUAAUUACAAGCGGUAGCAACAGUAGUAGUAAUCAUGGUUCUCAUCAUAAUCACAACAUUAAUAAAGAUGAUCUUUCCAAUUCUAUCACUCCUAAUAGUCCUGCUCAAUUAUCACAUAAUAACAACAACAAUAAUAAUGUCGAUCUUUUAAAAAAAUCUUUAAUAAUUACAACUACAAGUUAUGAUUAUGAAGACGACGAGGAUCUUAGCAAUCGAUCUUCUUGGAAAAGACAACGUUUAAACAACGAUGAUAACAAUAAAAACGAAAAUUCUUAUAGAUUACCUCCAAUAGGAACAUUCAAUUUUGAUUCAACUACCAUCAAUAAUAAUAACAACAACACUGCUAAUAGUAGUGGCGCUAGUAUUAUUACUAGCGAGAAAUUGACAUCGCCGGCCGAUUUGACUUCUCAUAAACCUUGGUGUCAACUUCAUUCUCUUGAACAGUUUGCUGCUAUAACUGAAAUUUAUGCUACUGCAAAUAACUUUUCAUCACCAUCACAAUUAUUUUCAACAAAACCAAAACUAUCAUCACCACCGCAACAAUAUUAUCCUAAUAAUUUAAAUAAUGGAAAUCAUCAUCAUCAUAAUCAUUUUACCUACAAUAGAGAUGAUAAUAUUAACAAUAGAUAUAAUCAAAUUAGUCCAAUUAGUCCAAUUAGUCCAAACAACAACAACAUCAUCAAUAAUAGUAAUAAUAAUCAAUAUAUGCUUCGCACUAAACGAAAACGUGCAAAUGCAAAUCAACUCAAAGUAUUGAAUCAAGUGUUUCAACACACUUUUUUCCCUUCAACUGAACUACGUAUUCAAUUAGGUAAACAACUUGGUAUGUCUCCUCGUACCGUACAAAUUUGGUUCCAAAAUAAACGUCAGAGCUGGCGUAGUAAGUCAAGAGGUUCAAAUAACAACAGCAACAACGGCAGUAAUAAUCAUAAAGAUGGUGAAGAGGAUGAAGAAGAUUCAUUGGAUUCAAGACGUUCAAGUAGUUCUUCCAGUUCUUCAGAAAAUAUUAUUAAAAUAGCAUCUACAACUGCUACAACAAACCAAAACCAAUCUCAACAUGAUUAUUAUACUCGUAAUAAUGUAAUAGAUUAUUAUCGUCCAUCUUCAUCUCAUAACAAUCAAUCUAUUAGCCCAAUUCAUAACCAUAGUGGUAAUGGUAGUAACAGUAGCAGCGAAAGACUUCCAGGUUUUGCAUCUACAUUUGCUAACGCUUCCAAUACAUCUG